AUGCUAGCAUUGCUAGCAGAUAUAUGCUCAGCCAGAAGCUUGAAUACAACCAUCGAGGCGUUGAGCGUUGCUGGCGCUGCUACAUCAAAUGCUUACCCUCCCGCUAGCACAAAUUUCAACUCUAAAUUAUUCCCGCCCGAGUCCAAGGUAGGAUACCCGGGCCCAACACCAACGGGAGUAGAACCGGCUGCAAUUCAAACCGCCCCAAUCUAUCCUUACAACAAUGGACCUUCGGACAGCUUCCCGCUGGUUGCGCCGCAGCCCUGGGGAGCCAGCAAAUUCGGCAAGGGCUUUGACAUUACUAAGUACUGGGGAAAUCUCUCUCCUUGGUAUUCUGUGUCUUCAGCAGACUAUGACCUGCCCGACGCGAGCCCUUUAAUUCCGGAUGGCUGCAACAUUGUCCAGUUGCAUCUUCUUUACCGCCACGGUGCUCGUUAUCCUACCAGCGGCGCCGCUCCGGCUACCUUUGCUCAAAAAGUCCAAAAUGCGACUCAGGCGGGCGGGUUCAAAGUCGCUGGAGAAUUGGCUUUCCUGGCUGACUGGACUUACAAGCUCGGUGCUGAGCUGCUGACACCUUUUGGCCGCAGCCAAAACUUCAAUCUGGGAGUGGCCUAUCGUCAGCUAUACGGCAAUCUUUUAAACAAUUUCACUGCCAGCGGCACGAUCCCGGUCUUCCGCACCGAAUCUCAAGACCGCAUGGUCAAGACGGCCGAGAAUUUUGCUGCUGGUUUCUUUGGCGUGCCCGAAUACUUGGACCAAGUCAACAUCGAGAUCCUGGUUGAGAACCCCAGCGUGAAUAAUUCAGGCGCCCCGUAUGAAGUCUGCACCAACUCGAAUGUUGCUAGCCGCGGAAGCAUUGGAUCUACAGUCGCAACAAAAUUCGCUGAAAAUGCGUUUAACAGCACGAUUGCUCGACUGCAGUCACAGAUCUUCGGCUUGAAUCUGACCGCCACUGAUGUUGUCGCCAUGCUUCAACUAUGCUCUUAUGAAACCCAUGCUCUCGGCUACUCGGCUUUCUGCAACCUUUUCACCGAGGAAGAUUUUCUCAACUACGAAUACUACUACGAUCUGUCAUUUUACUACAACAACGGCCCAGGAUCUCCAGUUGCCGCCGCACAGGGCAAAGGCUAUCUCCAGGAAUUUGUAGCCCGCUUCACGCAUUCGUUUCCCACUGCCAGCUCGGCCCUUAAUCUCACUUACGACAACAACACGACUUAUUUCCCGCUGAACCAGUCAAUCUAUGCCGAUGCGACUCACGAGGUCGUCGUUCUCGAUACUCUGACGGCGUUCAACCUGACAGCCUUGUUCAAAGGCCCAGCGCUGAGUCUUUCUGGAAACCAAAAGCGAAACUCCUUUGUGGCUAGCAAAAUCGUGCCCUUUGCAACCCAUUUCACCACCCAGAUUUUGGAAUGCCCUGCCUAUAAGCCUACUCGGCAGAUUCGAUUCUUGGUCAAUGAUGCAGUCGUUCCCAUUGCAGAGUCUUAUCACGGAUGCCCAGAGAAUUCCGAUGGCCUUUGCUCUUUCGACCACGUUGUAUCGGUCUUGCAGAAGCGAAUUGAUGAGAUUGACUUUGACUAUGAUUGCUUCGCCAAUUAUACGGCCAAGGCCGGCGUUGAUUACAACGGCCGCGCUCCAAGAAAGUAG